CCGGCUCACACACUCUUCAAACUCACACACAGACCUUCCUUCAGUCACGCUUGCCUCAAACCUGCUCAGCUGCUGUGGGUGGGAGUACAAUCAAAACACAGCUUCUGACUGAGCCAUGCUCCUCCAUCUGAAGGGAGCGCUUCACAUUGCGUAAAUCUUUCGUCAGGGGAAAUAGAAAGAAGCUCCCCGGACUCCCCGACCCGGACCCCAUUCCAAAUAGAGCAGCAGAUGUGACUGAGAAGGAGAGGCGGAGAGAGAAACCCAAUCUGCGCCCCCACCCCGUCCCGUCUUCAAGAACAAUACCCUGCCUUCAGCUGGAGAGGGUCAGCCUUUGUCCUCCUCCCCAGGCUGCAGCUCAACUGAAGAGCAGACAGACGCGCUGACUCGUUGACCUGCUGCAGCGAAGAGGAGAGGACGCGGCAAAGCAGCCUGCUGCACUCCACUUGCUUUGAUUCAGUACUUGGACAGUUCCAGAGCAACAACUGGAGAGAGAGUGUGUGAAGCUGUCAUCAGCAGACUGUGGAGCGUCUGGCUCUUGAGGGACUAAAGAUCACAUCUCACUUGCAGAUUAAAAAAGACAAAAAAAAUAAUAAGAAAAACCCCUGAGAUGCAGACACCAUGUUCACUCAAGCUCGACCUCAGUGGUCCUUCUCCGACCCUGGGAUCCGAGGGAAGCACAGCCACCGGCAGCUUCCUGCAGCUGGGAGAGAAGCAGCUCUUUGAGAAGUUUUGGAAAGGGACUUUUAAGGCGGUGGCCACACCGAGACCAGAGAGUGUUAUUGUGGCGAGCAUCACCGCCCGCCGCAGGGUGAUCGGCUCAGAAACAACAACAUCCUACCAGCCGCUUCAGACAGACGAUCUGAAAACUGCUGACAUGAAGGUGGACAGCGUCGACAGGAACGGCUGCAUCAAAGGAAGUGGACUUAAACACCACAGCCACCGCAGGGCCAGAAUCCCCUCCUUUGAUGGUGUCCUCUCCCCUCGGGCGAAAGGGAAGAAGAAGAAGAAGAGAAAGUCUGAGCGGAAGAGAAGGAGAAGAAGGUCCCCUUCACACAGUCUGUCACCACUGAGGAAGAAGAAAAAGAAAAAGAAGAAGAAGAAGAAGAGCUCCAAGAAAAGCAAGCGGCAUAGGUAUACCUCUAAGAAGUCAAAACACAGCUCUUCAAGUUUAAAACGUAAGAGGAAGGAUGAACGCAAGCACAAGAAAAGUUCCCGAACUCGCUCGCGUCGGAGGCGGCACUACAGGAGGUCGGAGUCGUACGCUUCCUCCUCCAGGUCCUUCACGGGGGACAGGCACCUGCAGAAGUCUGUGGUUCAUCAGGCUUUCAGAGCCAUGGGAGGGGCUGGAGAGGAAACCCGAGAGGCGCUGAACCCCACCGAAGCAAAGUGGAGACAUGCAUCUAAAUCUGUGUGUAAAACGGCUCCUAAAUAUCGCUCCAUCCUCUCAGCGGGCACCAUUUUGUCGUUGAAGCCUGGAAGCGAGCUUUUAAAUGGGAAAGGAGCUCAGGAUUUUUCGAGUCACGCCGAAGGUACACGUGACUACGACUCUGGUAACGACACAUCCUCACCUCCAUCGAGCAAAACUGGUGUUUCUCGAGCAAGUGUCGCUGAAAACCAGAGGAACUGCUGUCAACGUCUUACCUCACCUCCUGAGAAGCAACGCUUUGCUGACAGAGGCAACGGCUCUGAUUCAGGAAACUCUGUGACAAGCUACGCUUCCUCAUGCAAACCGUACAGGGAACAUGGCUUCUCUGCCACCAUUUUCAGUGGAAACAGCAAGAGUGGGCAGAUAACCUUGGGAUGUGAGGAAGAAGUUGUGAGAUGCCCGAAGGCAGCUCGAUGUGCGCAGAGGAGGAGCAGGUCAUCUCGAAAGCGGCAGAAAACUCAGUCCUCCUCCACCAGUAGGAGCAGAUCUUCAGAGACUUCCAGGUACUCUGGACGCUAUUCUCGAAGCCCUUCUCUGUCUUCUUGCAGCUCGUACUCUCGUUCCCUGAGUAACUCAUCAGAUGUGAGGCGAAGAGGCAGCUUGGUCAGCCUGAGCUCCAGAGGAAGCUACUCCAAAUACAGUGCCGAUAGACUACGAGACAGAAAGCGGAAGUCUAGUUCCAGAGAGACAAAUCUGAAGCACAUGCACAAGGUUAGUGGAAAGAGACGAAGACGCAAGUCCUACUCUCCUAUGAGGAAGAGGAGGAGAGACUCGCCAAGCCAUCUGGAGGCACGCCGCAUAACAAGUGCCAGGAAGCGACCCAUCCCUUACUUCAGACCCACUCCUUCCUCCAGCAGCCGCUCCACCAGCGUGUCGUCAUGGAGCAGCCUCUUCACACGAAGCCGCAGUCGCAGCUACUCUUCCUACAGGAGCUACAGCCGGAGCUCAUCGUGGAACUCCAUCUUUGGGUCCCACAGUCGCAGCCGGAGUCGGGGUUCUUUGAAGAAGCGAAGGAAAGCCCGGCGUUGAUGUUCUUCUGUUCAGAGACAGAAACUACAUUUGUAUUUGUGGUAAAGACAGAAGCUGUAGGGGCUGAUGCUUGGACUGAAAUAUCCCAGCAUUUCUUCAAGGCCAUCUGUCAUUGAGAUAUUUCUGCUCUAAUAAUCUACAAAUGUUUUUACUUUUUGUUCCUGCACAUCGUCUUCUUGCACCAGCAAGAGAAAUUUCAUUUCCAUUUUUAUCAAACCAAUGUCCAUGUUGAAUAUGUCCAACUGAGAUGCAAGUUUGUGCACUUCUCACAAAUUCUUGUGUCUUAAUGCUUAAAAUUAACUUAACAUGUUAUAUAUUAAUGUGGGGAAAAAACAAUUGGUUUAAAACCAGGCCCAUAAAGCACUGAAAUCAUUUAUCCCAUUUAGUUUAUGCACUGAAGUUUAGCAGGGCAGCAAACAUGAACUAUUCUGUCAGGUCUUUGUGACACUGACUUUACACCAACAGAUGAAGUACAGGGGUAACAUUUAAGCUGUUUGAUCCCGGCCUUCACAGAUGGCUUCACAGGGAUCGUUAUCAGGAAUCAGGAAAAGGCUUCUGGCUCUGAUCUCAGCACUUCACAAGAUGUAGAACAAACAUGUUUCCUCGGCGUAGGUGGCCUGACUGCGAGCAAACGGCCUGUCAGCUUAAAUGUCACUUUAAUUUCCCCCCUGAUCAAGUGGAAAACAAUUUCAAAUGUCUGUCUAAAAUACAUCAGCAAUCAUAUUUUCAUGGAAUUGCAGGACGUUUUUUCCUCAACAACUAUUUCUUCCUCUUGAUCCUGUUCAGUUUUUGUCAUGUUACAACCUGAGAUAUGAAUGUAUUUCAUUGGGAUUAGCAGUUGGGAUAGGUCAAAACAAAGUAGCACAUAAUAGUGAAGUUUAGGGAUGCAUAAUAUUGACAUCAGUAUCAGCUGAGGUUAGUCGUUUUUUAACAUGUCGAUUUGUAAAGCUGAUUUCAACAGCUGAAAAUCUUUAGCCUUUUGCAGAUUUUUUUUAGAAGAUUCUCCUGGAUUUACUGAUCACCUAUCUUGUGGAUAAGCAUCUUUCUUCCUCACAGGGACAGUGUGUUCCAGAGGAUUAGCAGUGUUAGUUUUCUGUCACAGAUAGUAUUUUGCACAUAGGACCAAAAGGUCAGUUUUGGUCUCAUCAGUUCUUUUACAUGUUUUCUGUAUCAUAAAGGCCAGAUUAGAGAAUUACUAAUAUUUCUCCGGUCAAAAGGUCUCAGAUCUGAGCAGUGGAUCCCUGCAGCUCGUCCCGAUUUGCCUCUUCCCUGCUUCUGAUCAGGUGAUGAUCAGAAUCUUGUUAGAUUUACGGUUUUCACACACUCUUUUAGAUAAAUGUGUUCCUUCCUUUGCCUUCAUGAUGCCGUUGGUUUCAAUGUUUUCACAGAGCAGCUGCAGUUUGACUAAGAUUCAUUUAAACACACCUGCACUGUUUACAAACUAUGAAAAUACUGAAAUACUGAAUCACCUGGUUGUAACAGAUUGUUUUAGAGUUAUCAGAGGAUUUGUCAAAACCUUUUAAAAGCAUGACUUCACUAUUGCGUGCCUCUUUAUGUUAAGAUCUCAAAAUACUGAAGUUUGUUUGUUAAAUGACAAAAACUUUCAAGCUAAAAAAGUGUAACUGCUUUUGCCUUUCCCUGUUCCAUGCUUAAAUUACUUUCACUCAUACUCACACUUAAACUUUAUUUUAAUUAGGGAAAUGAUGAUUUAACUGAUGUCCAAUACAGAUGCUUUAUUUCCUUAAAUAUUUAUACAACCCUGGAACAAAACCUGUAAGCCAUUUUUUAUUAUGCAUUAGCAAACAUAGUUAUUACUUGUUUAAACGUAUCAGUGCUUUUUUGUAGUUGUCAGAUGUUCGUAUUGCUGUUAUCUCUUAUUUAUUUUUUUUAAAACUGUAAUACAUUUCUUUUGUAAAAUGUAUUUUUUUAUAUAUGCAAAAGUUCAAUUAGAUGUCCAGCAAACUCAGUGAAACAAACUGUUUAAUUAGUUUCCACUCAGAAUGGAAAAUAUUUGCAGUUUUGGGUUGAUUUCAGUUUUUCAAAAUACAUUUUGACUCCUGAAUGGUUAAAAUCCCACAUUCAGUGAAGCCUCACUAAUUCUAAAAUGUUUAUAUGUUGAUAUUUAAAUUUUAAUCUUAUAUUUUCCCCAUCUGUGUUAUGAGUUUGCCAGUUCAGCUGGGAAGAGAAUGCAGAAAAAGAAGCCGACAAUGAUUACAUUUGAAGAGUUUUGUGAAUCUAUUUGAGAAUUAUUGUGUACGCAAAGGAUAAUUAUUAUCCAGUAUUUUGGUUUUUUUCCUGUUCCCUGAUGCUCCUGACUCCAACACAAGGCUCAGCAACCAUUUCAGUCGAAGCCGUUUGUGUCCCAGCUUUGUGUCUUCUACAAUAUUUGUGACGAACCAACAACACAUCCAGGGUUUCUCAGCCCAUGAACACAGAAUGUAGGCAGUGGCUCCAAGAACUUUUAUGAAUUUGUUUUUUGCCUGAUGAGCCAUUUCUGUGUAUUUGGCCCCAUAUUUUUUAUUAUGAUCUUAGUGAUGACCCAUGUUUAGUUCUCCGGUAGAAUUUACGAUAUAUUUACUUCAAAUAUCCUGGUUUGGAAAAGUCAAGCCUAAAGCAUCACACAUGAGAUGACAAGGUGCUUUUUCACAUAGUCAUCAUUUGUUUCAUCCCAGACUUAACCUGACAGACUGUUAUCAGUGAUUAGUCAAAUGUCCUGAGACAGUGAAUUAUCUCAUUUUCUUGACAGACACUUCAUUAUCUCAAGAUAUUUUUGCCGUACUUUCAUAGACCAGCUGGUCAUUAGACCAUAUAUUUCGACCAGCUCAAAGAAAACAGGCUGUUUUCUCGAAAAUGUCACACUGUUCCUUCAAAGUUAAUUUCAUGGCAGCUCCAACUCCAAAACAGCUUUUGCUUAUAAUUAAGGGUCAUGCUUCUUAAUGGUUUCAGCUCCUUCAUCCUGUCUGUGUUGCUGCUCCAGGCCUGAAAGACUGCUGCUCUCUAUGCACUCGACUCUCUCAGCUUAUUUCCCUAAAUGUCAGCUAAAUUGGACAAAUGAGGGAAAUGUGCUGCUGGAAGAGAAAAGAAGUUGGUGCCAAAAAUAUAAUCCAUAUACCACAAGCUGAUGGUGGCAGAUGUGAACCUGUAUGCUUGGGGGAAGAUUUGCACAGUUGUGUUGAUAAACUUAGACAGCCAGCGAUGUUUGCACAAGAGCUCUUUCCCAGUUCUUGUGCAAACAAGAAUUUGAAUAUGUAAUUAGCUUGUUGUAAAUAGGCACCAGGACUGUGUAAAUAAUACAAAAUGUUUUUUUUUUUUUAUUUACAGCACACAAUUGGAAGCAUACUGUAAACAUUCAAAAUACAAUGUAUCAACAAAUGGCAAUUUAAAUGUACUUGAAUAUGAUUUGGGGUAUUAAAAAAAACAAAAACAAGCUCUUAUUGCAAUAGUGAUUCAUUGUGAAAUGAUGCAUUUUUAUUAUCAUUUUCAAUAUUUACAAACAUAAUGCAAAAUCAUAUAUUUUUUGUACUGCAUGUGUGUCAAUGUAAAGGCCAUAUUGUAAUAAAGUGUCAAAUGGAACCUCAACAUAAUA